AUGUAUGGUUGGCAAACAAAUCCAACGACACAAACUGCCGCAGACAUUUACUCGACGCUCGACGGCCCCGCAACUUACGAGUCCAAAGCCACAUGUGGUCAACGACCUAGCGCCACACACACACACACAAUUCUACCACGCAUUUCAUACACAUCGACAUUGGGGAUGCUGUCGGGGAAACCCCCUCUCAUAGCGUGA